UCGAAACUUCGCGGAACAAGUGUCUUGUGAAACUUCGAAACGGCCCGAACAAGAAAACGAUAAUGUUGCGAUUUUGGCAAUGUUUGCAAAAGUUUGAUAUGGAGUGCAUGUGGCCGUAGGAGACAAUGUUGCAAAGUGGGCGUCUUUUGCUGUGGGUGCUGGUGCUGAACUUGGCAAGAGUGAUUCUGUGCUUGAAAGAUGUGGUUCUGGAAAUAGAGCCUGAAAUCGUCCAUUUGGGCGAGGACUCGACGUUGAGAUGCAGCUACGAUCUCGAAGAUGCACCACUUUACUGUGUCAAGUGGUACAGAGGCCGGCAUGAGUUUUACAGAUACACGCCGAAAGAGCACCCCAGCACUAAAAUAUUCCCUUUUCCGGGAAUACACGUCGACCUAAAGCAAUCGGAUGAGAAGCAGGUGGUCCUGAGGGAGGUAGGGUUCAGUCUCUCUGGAAAGUUUACAUGCGAAGUGACCACAGAUGCGCCCCUUUUCUCCACAGCGGCUGUCUCUAAAGAUAUGCUAGUUGUUGUUUUACCCAUUCAGGAGCCAACGCUUGUCACUGAAAAAACAUCUUAUGACAACGGCGAUGUGUUACGAGCCAAUUGCACCUCGCCAGCCUCGCGACCCGCAGCCACCCUCACUUUCAUGCUCAACAAUAAAGUGGUGUGCGAAAAGUGUGCAACUCGCAAACACGCCACGCAAGAGUUGUGGUGGAGCGAACUGUCGCUCGAGCUUCCUCUUUUUCCGUCUCAUUUCCACAGCGAUAGGAUUACGCUCAAGUGCAUCGCAAGAAUCGGGAAGAUUUACGAAAGGGACGUCCAAGUCACCAUGCCUAACACGAGCAUGAAAGACCCGAUACCAGCAAGAGUCACACAAAGUUCAGCUGGGAGCCACUACAUCAAAACCUUCAACGUAAUAAAUAUCUUAUACUUAUUGUUUAUUUCUGUGUCUUAAAGACUGUUCUGUUGAGAUGUUUUUAGUUGUAAUAAUUGUAAGGAAUUUAAUAUAAUUGUGAUGAAAUUUGCUGCAACUAGUCGUUUAGAGGGUCGUAUAAGUCUAAAUUUUGUAUGAUUUCGACGAUAUCGUUGGAUAAACUAUUGUAAGCGACGUUUUUGAAAUGGAUGGAUGUUGAAAAGUAAAUAAAUAUAUUGUCUAUUUCA